UAGAAUAUAAACGAUAUAAAAAUCAAAAUCUGAAUACAAAAUACAAAAUGAAACGGUACAACAUGCAUUCGGACAACCCACAAGACCAAGCCACCUCUUCCGCCUCUCCAAUGGCGUCACUGUCUUCUCUUUUCCUCUCCAACCCUCGCUCUCUCCGCCUUCCAAACCCUAAUCCUAACCCUAACCCUCAAAUUCACCUCCCUCUUAGAAGCCAAACCCUAACUUUCUCCUCAAACUCCUCCCAAAUCUCCACUGAUUCUCCACCGCCACCUCCUCCGCCGCCGGAGAAGAAAUCGUUCGCGGUGGCCACCGGCGAGCUCUUCCUAGGAAUUGCAACGCGAAUUAUAAAGAGAAGGAAUGGGAUUGAUGGUGGGGACUCGAAUUCGGUCCCGAUUACGAUGUUUAGGGAUUCGGAGAGAGAGUCGUAUUUUUGGAGGAGGACGAAGGAGGGGAUUGCGUCGGUGGUGGAGGACCCGGUGCAGCCGGAGGUGGUUUGGGAGCAGAGGUUGAAGGAUGUGGAGGCGGAGAGGUGUCGGAAGGCGGUGACGAGCCCUGGGUUUAGCUUCUCUGCUGCUGGGCUUCUGUUUCCAUACCAUCUUGGUGUUGCUCAAUUUCUUAUCGAGAAGGGUUACAUAAAGGACACCACACCGUUAGCUGGUUCAUCUGCUGGUGCUAUUGUUUGUGCAGUGAUUGCGUCAGGAGCCAGUAUGGAAGAGGCUUUAAAAGCUACCAAAAUAUUGGCUGAAGAUUGCAGGCUGAGAGGGACUGCAUUUCGCCUAGGGGCUGUUCUAAAAGAUGUUCUUGACAAGUUUCUGCCAGAUGACGUACAUUUUCGAUCCAAUGGGAGGGUUCGCGUUGCUGUAACACAGAUCCUUUGGAGGCCUAGAGGCUUGUUGGUUGAUCAAUUUGACUCUAAAGAAGACCUUAUCAAUGCAGUCUUUACUUCAUCCUUUAUUCCGGGAUAUGUUGCACCAAGACCAGCAACAAUGUUCCGGAAUCGACUUUGCAUUGAUGGGGGUUUGACAUUGUUUAUGCCACCCACAUCUGCCACUCAGACGAUUCGUGUUUGUGCCUUCCCAGCCAGUCGAUUGGGAUUGCAAGGAAUUGGAAUUAGUCCCGACUGCAACCCUGAAAGUCGGGCUACUCCCAGAGAGCUUUUUAAUUGGGCACUUGAGCCGGCAGAGGAUGAUAUUCUUGAUAAGCUCUUUGAGUACGGGUAUUUAGAUGCAGCUGUGUGGGCUGAAGAGAAUCCAGUCGAAGAAAUAGUUCGAGAUGACCACCCACAUGUUGAGAACAGUGCAGUUGCAUAGUACUGUCGUGAAGAUCAAUCUUGUUCAAAGUUAAGAUGAACGUGAAGGACCGAAACUUUUGGGGAGCUUCUAUUUGCACAUUCCCAUUCCCCUCUUUACACACACUUAAUAAAAAUUAUUGUUAUUAUAAUUUUAU